AUGGGCGGAAAGCCGUCGACGCAGGCACCAAGCUCUCACGAGGACGAAGCUAUGGCAGAACAUAAAACAAUAUACGAGUUUACUGUCAAAGAUGCAGAUGGGAAGGACGUCUCGUUGAGUAAAUACAAAGGUCAGGUCGUCAUCGUAGUGAACGUCGCUUCAAAAUGUGGUUACACCCAUGGUCACUACACAGAGUUGAAGCAACUUCAAGACAAGUACUACAAUGAAGGUCUUCGGGUAGCUGCAUUUCCCUGCAAUCAGUUCGGCGGGCAGGUGAGCCUAUAA